UUUCCUUUUUGUUGUCACUGCUGGCAGAACACGGAAGCCAAUGGUUUUAGCCAAAAGCAGAUAACAUGCAAGUAUCAAUAUGGAAACUUUCAGCAUGUCCAAAACGGAGAUGUUAAGAGUGUUGGUGAAUCGGCGUCUAAGCGCGGCUGUUGAAGAGAUAUUUGGACUGUUUGAAAGAACCAUAGCAGAGUACGAAGAGGAACGUUUUCGUUCACAGCGGGAGAACGAGCGACAACGCAAACUACUGGAGGCUGUCUUGAAGCCUGAAGUUCGGUUACACAGAGCAGUAUUAUCUGCAGAUGUUCAGCAGGGCCCAGAGCUCCCACACAUUAAAGAGGAACACAAGCAACUCAGGAGCAGUCAGGAUGUGAAGCAGCUUCAAAGACCUGUCUCUUUGAAGAGUGAAGAUGAUGAAGAGAGAGCUCAGUCCUCACAGCUUAAUCAAAGACAAACUGAAGAGAGCAGAGAGGCAGAGUCUCCACUCAGCAGUUCAGCUCAACAGAUGGAAACAGAAGGUGAUGGACAGGGUUGUGGAGGAUCAGAACCAUCCAGGAGAUUAGGUAUAGAUAGUCAUUUACAACCAGCUAAUGAUGAUGAGACUCCAGACUUUUCUGAACAAGCUGACAACAGUGAUGAUGACUGGAAGCAAAGCAGGGAACAUCAGUCAGAUUUAAAAACUGUGAAAUUAAAAAAGACCAAGACAGGUGUGUCUGUCAGUCAACCAGCUAGUGAUGACAGGACUUCAGACUCUUCUCAGCCUGAGACUGAAAACUGUAAUGAUGACUGGAAAGAGAUAAGGGAACCUCAGUCAGAUUUAAAGACACUGAAAAACAAUGGUGUUCCUGGAGGUGGAGAAAAGUGUAAGACUGGCAAGAAGUCUCUAAGUUGUUCUUGGUGUGGUAAAACAUUUGACCCCAAGGACUGUGUGAAGAGCCACAUGAAAAGUGCUUCAGGAAAGAAACCAUUCAUUUGCUCAGUGUGUGUUCAGAUAUCUGCACAGAAUGCCCAUUUAGUCACACCAAAGAGAAAUCAUUCAGGAGAAAUAACUUUCAUGUGUUUAGUCUGUAAGAAACAGUUUAGCUAUAAAGGAGAUGCUGUGAGACAUAUUAGAACUCACACAGGUGAGAAACCCUUUAGCUGCUCAGUUUGUGGUAAAAGAUUCACACAGAGCACAGGUUUGGGAACACACAUGAGGACCCACACAGGAGAGAAGCCAUUCAGCUGCGCAGUCUGUCCGAAACGGUUCAUCCAGAGUGGAAUUCUGGCCAGACACAUGAGAGUUCAUACAGGGGAAAAGCCUUACACAUGCUCAGUGUGUAACACAAGUUUUGCACUGAGUCAGUCAUUGUUAAAACACAUGAGGAUUCAUACUGGAGAGAAACCAUUCAGCUGCUCAGUGUGUGCUAAAAAAUUUACACAAAAAGGAAAUCUGACACAACACAUGACACUCCACACAGGGGAGAGCUCUUUCAGUUGCGAUGUUUGCGGUAGAAAAUUCACUAGACAGUCACGUGUGAAAAACCAUAAGUGUGUUUCUGGGGGCAGUAAAUGAAGCUACAGAGCUGCAACUGAGAAACUUCCCAGCUUGAAUUUCUCACUGUCCAUGCAAGAUUGAACCGUCUUGCGCAGACAGUGGUUGAGGUUGGAACAACAUGAAUAUAU